UUGAAAAAUGUAGGUUUUGUUUUAACAAUAAUAAUUGAUUUUAAAUUCACUUACAACUAAAUUAGGUUUAAGUAUAUAAUUGUAACAUGAAUUAUAUUGAUUAUCUUAGAUUAAUGAGAAUCGUACAAACUAUUUAAUGUUUGAAAUCAGUUAUCAAUUUAUUUGAGUAUUAUUAUUACAAAUAAAAGUUAAAUAUUUAGGUAGUAGAUAAAAUACUAAAAUGUCGGAAGGAACACGAAUAAAUUCUGAACAAAUGUUGAAUAUGGACACUAAUACAUUGCUUAAACAAUUGAAGCAUUAUUUCCAUCACCAGACCUUCAAAAGUGAUUUACAAAAGAAUGCCAUUAUUGCAAUAUUAAAGCGAAAAUAUGAUGUAUUUGUAUCAAUGCCAACUGGAUCUGGAAAGUCAUUAUGUUAUCAACUACCUGCUGUACUUCAUUCGCCUAAAGUUACAAUAGUUUUUUCUCCUCUUAUAGCUUUAAUGAAGGAUCAAGUUGAUCAUUUAACACAUUUAAAAAUUCGUGCUGAAACAAUUAAUUCAAAAAUGACUGAAUCUGAACGAAAACGUGUUAUUAAUGAUUUAUAUUCUGUACAAGUAUCUACUUCAUUACUUUAUGUAACCCCUGAACAAGCAGCUACAGAAUUCUUUAAGGGAUUAUUAUCCUAUUUAGUACGAAAAAAUAAAUUGGCUUAUAUAGUGGUAGAUGAAGCACACUGUGUAAGCCAAUGGGGUCAUGACUUUAGACCCGACUAUUUGAAACUGGGAUUGUUAAGGGAACUUUAUCUUCAUAUUCCAUGGAUUGCACUUACAGCUACAGCUAGUGCCGAUGUUGUUAAGGACAUUAUGGAUGUAUUAUGCCUAAAAAAACCAGUCUCAAAGUUUACAACACCAUGUUUUCGAUCUAACUUAUUUUAUGAUGUUAUAUUUGAUGAUUCUAUUGGAAAUUCUUAUCAACAUUUGAAAGACUUUAUUGAUCAAUGUUUAUGUGAUGAUAUAAAUUAUUUGGAAAAUACUCCAAAUAUAAAUCCGUUGAAUCAACCAUGUGGUAUAAUAUACUGUAGAACGAGAGAAUUAACUGAAGAAAUAGCCACAGUUCUUAGUCGGAAAGGUGUUUCCAUUGCCCCUUAUCAUGCUGGGUUAAAAGAUAAAGAACGACUUGUGGUGCAAGAAGCAUUUAUGAGUGGACAUAUUCAAGUUAUAACAGCAACUGUAAGCUUUGGAAUGGGAAUUGAUAAAGCAACUGUAAGGUUUGUCGUACACUGGGGUAUACCAUCUAGCAUACCAGCAUAUUAUCAAGAGUCUGGCCGAGCUGGAAGAGAUGGAAAAUUAGCUCGAUGUCGAAUUUACCAUUCAAAACAAGCAAAAAAUUCAUUAGAUUUCAUUUUAAAAUCUGCAAUAACUCAAGCUAAAACUCAAGAUAAACAAAAAAAAGCUAAAGGAAGUUAUAGCAUGUUUCUUAAGAUGAUACAGUUCUGUGAAAGUGUACAAUGUAGACAUGAAUUUUUUGCUGAUUUUUUUGGAGAUACCAAACCCCAAUGCAUUGAUAAAUGUGAUGUAUGCUCAAAUAAAGAAGCUGUAAAAAUAGAUUUAGAUGUAUUUAUGUAUGGAAUAAAUAACAGGAAUCAUACAAUUGUAUCAAAUGAACAAUUAGUAUCUAGUGAUUUUUAUGGAGGAGGACGCAAUGCUAUUAAUGAGGAAAGUGAAGAAUAUGCACGUGAGGGUGAAAGAGAAGAGCACAAAAAAAAUUUAGAACUAGAAUUAGAAAUAAAACGGCAGUUUGAAAUUAGAAGAGCUAAUAUACAAAAUAUUAUCAAAGAAAAUGAAGAAUUAGUAAAAAAUUCAAAAGUUAGAGCAGCUGCAUCUACAAUAAAAAAAGUUAAUGGUUUGCAGUUAUCAGUAAGAGAAGAAUUAUUAAGGUUCAUUGAAGAGUAUUUGGAGAAAAAUAUUGAAGCAUGCUCUUUAUUUGAUUCACUAACAGAAAUAACAAAAGAUGAUCUUCAUAAUAUUGCAGUGGACUUAGAAUAUGAAGCAUUUACUAGUUCAAAAGUUGUAGCUGUUUAUCGGAAAAAAAUUGCUAAAACAGUAUCCCUUAUUAAGGCAGAAACAAGAGCAUCAAACAUAUUUGAUAAAAUUAAAAAUUAUACACGACCAGUGAAAAUUAAAGAAGAAUCUAAAGUUAAUUCAAAUAUUGAACUCCCUCCUAUUGUUACAGCUUCAGAUCUUAUUCAAGCUCAAAUAAAAAACAAAACGCCUGAGCCAAAAAUCAAAAGAGGGAUUAAACGAGAUCAUUUAAUGCAGCAAUCAAUGAAAUCAUUUGUAUUUUCGACUACUUCUACUUCUGUAACAGAGAAUGAAGAAUGUGCUACAAAAAAACCUAGAAUAGAGAAUACUGAUAGUGACAUGGAAAUAUCUUCAGAUGAUGAAGUUCAUAUUAUAGAAAGUACUAAUAUAAAUGAUCCUAAAAUCUCAGAAACUCCAAUUAAAGUAGAAGAAUUAUAUCCUGAACAGCAAACAAACUAUGUAGCAUUUAACAUUGAACCUAAAUUUAAUGAAUCAUAUUAUCAAACUACAUCUACUAAUAUACAAGUACCCAAAAUAAUUAUGGCUUCUAACUUAAUAAAAAACAACCAUGAAUCCAGUUCAACAUAUGAUUCUUCUAAAGAUUUGUUAAACGUUGAAAGUGACUAUUUAGCUAUGAAUAAUAUGCCAGCAACAAAACAAGACCAAAAAAUUCUUAUUACUCCUAAUAACACAUGUUCAAAUAGUACAAAAAAUAUUGAAAAUGGUUUAUCACAUAUUCAGUCUAAAAGUAACAAAUCACUUAUGUCAGAAAAAAAUAUUUCUGAAAUUUUUAAGGAAAUUUCAGAAAUUUUAACUCCAUCAGAAAAUGAAAAAGAUUUAACUAUACAAAACAAUGAACUCCUGAUACAGCAAAAGCAAAAUGAUACAAAACAAUCAUCAAUUGAACAUAGAUUACAUGUUCAGCAAAAUGCUGAAAUAUCUGCAAUAAAGAAUAUGAAUAAUCUGUUCGGUGAAGAUAGUGAUGAUGAAAGUAAAUUAGCAUUAGUUGAUGUUAAAAAAAAAUCCUUAGGUGUCCGACUUGGUAUGUCAUCAAAUGUAAAUUUUACUAAUAAGACAAACAAAAAUUCACACGAGUCAAUGAAAAUAAAUAAAAAUAAGACUGAGGAUCCGAAUAACAAACAAAAAAAAUUUGAACUGUCAAAUUUGGUUGUAAAAUUAUUAAAUCCUUACUACAAAAAUAAUUUAUUUAAAACUAAAGAAUUAUUUAAAUUUAUGGCAAGACAAAUUGUUCAUAAACUGUUGGAGUCUACUAGUCAUCCAGAAGAGCAAAACAUCAAAUUAAUUAUCAGAAAAUUAUUUCCAAAGGAACAGAAAAUAAAGAUUGAAUCUGAAGAUCAAAUAUUGAAGUUAUUAAGAUCAAUUCCUUAAUAUUUCAUAUUUAAUUUUAUAAAUUGUUAUGAUGUUUUUGUUGAAUAAUGUGUUUGUUCCUUAUAAUUUUACUUUAGUAAGUGUUAUCAGAUUUAAGUGAUAAAAUUAAGUUUAUUUUUAUAUAUUUUUUAAUUUUAUUUUAUUUUGCUGAAAAAAGACUUAUAUUAGUUAUAUUUAAUUAAUUUUUUUUUUGUAAUGAAAG